GUCAUUAGAGGGUGUCCCUGUGGAUGGCGAAGUGACGGGUGAGGAAGUCCCUGAGCUGCUGCUUCAUCUGCCCUUCAUUCCCAGGGAGGGGGAAGGAGGGGCUCAGGGGAAUGGGGACUGAUGGGGAGAGGCCUUUUCUUGGCAGGAGAUGGUGUCUACCAAGAGGGAAUGGAUUUCAUUUUGGAGAAGCUCAAGUAUGGAGACUGGGUGCACAUCUUCCCAGAAGGGAAAGUGAACAUGAGUUCUGAGUUCCUGCGCUUCAAAUGGGGAAUUGGACGCCUGAUUGCAGAGUGUCAUCUCAACCCCAUCAUUCUGCCGCUGUGGCAUGUUGGAAUGAACCAUGUCCUGCCUUAUAGCCCACCCUACUUCCCCCGUUUUGGAGAGGUGGGUAGGGGCUGCUGA